CUGCAGACUAAUAAAGUAAAAUACGAAAUGGGUGUCCGUAUCUUCAGUAGCUGUAUCGCUUUAUUAGCGGUCUUGUAUGUUUGUCUUGGCGUAAUCGAUGCAGCUGCAGUAAAUGGUGGAACACGCAGCGCAGGCGCAUUUUUGCCAGCUUCCAAAGCUGAGCACUCGCAACUACGCAUCGCCCGUCAGGUUUAUUCCGACGAAGACGACUCCGAGGAGGAUGAUGAAGUGCAAGCACAAAAUUUUGCGCAAGAACAACAACUGCAACAGCAAAUUCCAGAUGAUUCGCAAGAGGAAAGCGAGGAGGAUGGUGAUGACGAUGGUGAUAUCGAUCGUAGACAUCGACGUCGCCGUGAAUCACCUACCGCGGAGGCUGAAAAAAUCGUGCAGUCAGAGGUGCCAACGAAGGAAGUUGAAUCUGUGGCUGUGCCCGAAGCUGAGCCCUUAGCAGCACCAGCAAUCAGUGCGCAAACCGAUGCCGUCAAGGAACCUGCACAAAGUGGUGGCGAAGGCAAUACACCAAUCGUCAAUACGCCCGCCGCACCAUCACGCAACACUUCAGUACUUAUACUCAUACGCGAUGCACUAAAGAAAGUCACCACUUUACCCACAGAGCAAGUGGCCACAAAUGCGCUGCAGUAUUUCCAGCUCUUCGAACAUUUCAUACAACAAACCAUCGAAGAGGUGAUCGGUGAUGAUGAUGAGGACGAGGAUGAAGCUGCUACUGCUGCUGCUGCUGGGGUCACCAGCAAACCAGAUGCUAUUUUCACACCCGAAGAGGAAGAGCUUAUUGCGGGUGUUGAGGAAAUUCUGAAAGAACCUGAAUUGGUUACCAAGCUGCCUCAAGAAGUGAAACCAGCUGAGACACAAUUAGAGGUAGCGAAUCAAAAACCAUUAGAAAACGAAACUGCAGUGGGGGAAACGAAACCAGCUCCCGAUGCACCCAAACCUGAAAUCGUGCAAGCAGCGAAACCAGCGACCGAACCAGCGCAAGUUGAAACGGCUGCGAACUCCGUUUGA